CGGCUGCGCAGCGAGCAGUCGGGGCGCGCGUGGGAAACGCUCGCGGGAGACUUGGAGAGGAAUUGAGGCUGAAGCCUAGGGGCUCGGAGGGUGGAACGGAGAGUGCGUGGCAGGCGGGUGCUCCGAAGCCGGAGGAGUUGGUGCGAAGCCGGGGCGCGGGCAAGGCUGCUGCGCUCGGACUCGGGCUGACUCCCAGACGCACCCCUUUGGAGAAGGGGCCCGAACCUCACCGUCGCCGGCUCCCGGCAGCGGCCUUCGGGCAGCUGACGCUGGCCGCCUCGCCGGGAGGGAGACGCACGCGGGGCGGUGAUGGUGAAGGGGCCGGCCGGGGCUGGGCGCUGGGCUCCCACUCGCCGGCGCACCGCUGCGACUCGGCCGGGCGCUCCCAGCCAGGGGGCGGCGCCGUGCGAGGCAAACGGGCGGCGGCGGGCUGUGGCGCGACCGCGGGGGCGGUAGGGGAGCCGGCUUCGAGUCAACGGCCUCACCUGGGCACGUCGUCGCCCCCCGGCGCCUCCUGGAGUCCAGGGUCCGCCGAGGCCGCCUGAUCUGCACCUCCAACUCACCACGUUUGCUAUGUUGCCUUUUGGGGACAAAACAAGAGAAAUGGUCAAUGCAUGGUUUGCUGAGAGAGUUCACACCAUCCCUGUGUGCAAGGAAGGCAUCAGAGGCCACGUGGAAUCUUGCUCUUGCCCCUCGCAGCAGAUCCCCCGUGCAGAGAGCAGUGUCCCUGGAACACCAACCCGGAAAAUCUCUGCCUCCGAAUUUGAUCGACCUCUUAGACCCAUCGUUGUCAAGGAUUCCGAGGGAACUGUGAGCUUCCUCUCUGACUCAGAAAAGAAGGAGCAGAUGCCUCUAACCCCCCCACGGUUUGAUAAUGACGAAGGGGACCAGUGCUCGAGACUCUUGGAAUUAGUGAAAGAUAUUUCUAGCCACUUGGAUGUCACAGCCUUAUGUCACAAAAUUUUCUUGCAUAUCCAUGGCCUCAUCUCCGCUGACCGCUAUUCCCUGUUCCUCGUCUGUGAGGACAGCGCCAACGACAAGUUUCUUAUUAGCCGCCUCUUUGACGUUGCAGAAGGUUCAACACUGGAAGAAGCUUCAAAUAACUGUAUCCGCUUAGAGUGGAAUAAAGGCAUCGUGGGACACGUGGCAGCUCUUGGUGAGCCCUUGAACAUCAAAGAUGCAUAUGAGGAUCCUCGGUUCAAUGCAGAAGUUGACCAAAUUACAGGCUACAAGACACAAAGUAUUCUUUGUAUGCCAAUUAAGAAUCAUAGGGAAGAGGUUGUUGGUGUAGCCCAGGCCAUCAACAAGAAAUCGGGAAAUGGUGGGACAUUCACUGAAAAAGAUGAAAAGGACUUUGCUGCUUACUUGGCAUUUUGUGGAAUUGUUCUUCAUAAUGCUCAACUCUAUGAGACUUCACUGCUGGAGAACAAGAGAAAUCAGGUGCUGCUUGACCUUGCUAGCCUAAUUUUUGAAGAACAACAAUCAUUAGAAGUAAUUCUAAAGAAAAUAGCUGCCACUAUUAUUUCUUUCAUGCAGGUGCAGAAAUGCACCAUUUUCAUAGUGGAUGAAGAUUGCUCCGAUUCUUUUUCUAGUGUGUUUCACAUGGAGUGUGAGGAAUUAGAAAAAUCAUCAGAUACUUUAACAAGGGAACGUGAAGUGAACAGAAUCAAUUACAUGUAUGCUCAGUAUGUCAAAAAUACUAUGGAACCACUUAAUAUCCCAGAUGUCAGUAAAGAUAAAAGAUUUCCCUGGACAAAUGAAAACACAGGAAAUGUAAAACAGCAGUGCAUUAGAAGUUUGCUUUGUACGCCUAUAAAAAAUGGAAAGAAGAAUAAAGUGAUAGGGGUUUGCCAACUUGUUAAUAAGAUGGAGGAGACCACUGGCAAAGUUAAGCCUUUCAACCGAAAUGAUGAACAGUUUCUGGAAGCUUUUGUCAUCUUUUGUGGCUUGGGGAUCCAGAACACACAGAUGUACGAAGCAGUGGAGAGAGCUAUGGCCAAGCAGAUGGUCACAUUAGAGGUUCUGUCAUAUCAUGCUUCAGCUGCAGAGGAAGAAACAAGAGAGCUCCAAUCCUUAGCGGCUGCCAUGGUACCAUCUGCCCAGACCCUUAAAAUCACCGACUUCAGCUUCAGUGACUUUGAGCUAUCUGACCUGGAAACGGCACUGUGCACAAUCCGGAUGUUCACUGACCUCAACCUUGUGCAGAACUUCCAGAUGAAACAUGAGGUUCUUUGCAGGUGGAUCUUAAGUGUUAAGAAGAACUAUCGGAAGAAUGUUGCCUAUCAUAAUUGGAGACAUGCCUUUAAUACAGCUCAGUGCAUGUUUGCCGCACUAAAAGCAGGCAAAAUUCAGAACAGGCUGACUGACCUGGAGAUACUCGCACUGCUGAUUGCUGCCUUAAGCCACGAUUUGGAUCACCGCGGUGUGAAUAACUCUUACAUACAGCGAAGUGAACACCCACUUGCUCAGCUCUACUGCCAUUCCAUCAUGGAACAUCAUCACUUUGACCAGUGCCUGAUGAUCCUCAACAGUCCUGGCAAUCAGAUUCUCAGUGGCCUCUCCAUUGAAGAAUAUAAGACCACGCUGAAAAUAAUCAAGCAAGCUAUUUUAGCUACAGACCUAGCACUGUACAUUAAGAGGAGAGGAGAAUUUUUUGAACUUAUAAGAAAAAAUCAAUUCAACUUGGAAGAUCCUCAUCAAAAGGAAUUGUUUUUAGCGAUGCUGAUGACAGCUUGUGAUCUUUCUGCAAUUACAAAACCCUGGCCUAUCCAACAACGGAUAGCAGAACUUGUUGCCACUGAAUUUUUUGACCAAGGAGACAGAGAGAGAAAAGAACUCAACAUAGAGCCUGCUGACCUAAUGAACAGGGAGAAGAAAAACAAAAUCCCAAGUAUGCAAGUUGGAUUCAUAGAUGCCAUCUGCUUGCAACUGUAUGAGGCCCUGACCCACGUGUCGGAGGACUGUUUCCCUUUGCUGGAUGGCUGCAGAAAGAACAAGCAAAAAUGGCAGGCUCUUGCAGAACAGCAGGAGAAGACACUGAUUAAUGGGGAAAGCAGCCAGGCCAAGCGGAACUGAGUGGCCUCUUCAUGCAGAGUUGAAGUUUACAGAUGGUGUAUUCUGCAGUAUGCCUAGUUUUGCUAUACACUGUACAGAUUUGGUGUAUACUUUGCCACUGCUGUAUUUUUAUUUUUGCACAACUUUUGACAACACAGCAUGAAAUGUUUUUAGAGGACUAUUGCAUAUUUUCUGUAUAUUUGUUUUAUGCCACUGAACUGAGAUUAUCAAUGACACCUACUCUUAGCACAUGGAUACGAGCUCUGUUUGUUUGUGAUAUUUUGUGUACUGCGAGGUACAAGUUGCAUUCUUGCACUGAGGCUGGUUUUUUUGGUUUUUUUGUUUUUUCUUGCCGGGGAUUUUAAAUAAUUGGUUUUGUGUUUUCUGAAUUACCAAUCUUUCAAGAAUGUUUGGAAUAGUUUUUCUUAAAAAACAGGCUAGGAGCAAAGUGAAUAUAUUCUGUGACAUUUAAAACCUUCAUAGAAUAGAGAAAAAUGUUGGCUGAGUGGAUUUUAAGAGGAAUGGGGUAUAUUUGUCAACACUGUAUUACCUUAACAAAAAAAGUUAAAACUUUAAACAAAUGGAAAGUACUAUAAGGUAGUACUGUAAAGAAAAGGCAUUAUUUAAUUAUUUUGCUUUUUUUGUUGUUUUAGAGAACAGGCAGAAGAGAAAUUUCUCAUUUCAAUGCAAUAAAUCUAUCCAAAGGCUACCCAUAAACUCACUUUGAUCUAACCUACCUGAUGGAAAGCAGGGGAAACCUUGGGAGAAGAUCCAGUCACUGACUUUACUGAGGGAUGAGUGUGAUGCAGAAAUGGAAGAGCCAAGGAUGGCUGCCAAUGAAGAGGACGUUCUGCUGGAAGACACUCCUGACAGUCAGUGAGUGUUCUGAAUCCUGAACUUCCUUUUGUAAAUAACUUCCUUAUCGUUCACCUUAUAAGCCACAGCUUGUAAGUCAACACUUUAAGACUCAACAGGAGAGCGAGAAAAAGUGAUCAUGGGAGCACUGGCCUGAAGUGAGAGAUGACUGUAUAGGAUAAGAGGGUACAAAAUGAAUCAUAUUUUUUUUCCUGUUUGUUAAAUGGAGUACAGAGAAAAGUACAAACAGCAAACAAAGGGCUAUCCUUGAUAUUAGGGUCAAAAAUUAAAUCGAGGGAACAAUAUGGUAAGAAACCUCAAGCUUGAGUAAACUUAGCAGUAUUGAGUUUGUGACUGAGAAACUGCCAUAUUUUGGUUUACAGGACUAGUCAACCCAGAAUCACAGAAGUUUGGGUAUGCACCCUGAACACUGGCCCUGAGCUUGUAGUUAGUGGUAUCUACUUCUCACAGCUUUUAGUACAUUUAGAAAAUGUUAACACUUUCUUAGAAUUUGAGCCCAUUUAAUUGUAUUCCCACUGUACAUGUGUGCCCCUAAAGACACUUUUAUUACAUAUUGGAGAAGUAGAUAAUGAACUGAGAACCUAGUUCAGGAAAAGAAAAUCUGCUCUAAAUAUGCAAUAAUGUUUGUGGGCAAGAGUAGGAAGGAGAGGUAUUUGUUUGAUCUGUUCACCCACUUCCCCACCCCUGAAUAAAGUUUCUGAGUUUCUAUAACUAGUUUGUAUAGAAAAGCUCUUGGGGAUAUGAUAAUGCAGCAUUCUCAGAGACUUUUCAUUAAAACAUGUUUUGCAUUCAUAACCAUUUGCUCCCUAAACUACCUAAAAUUCAACAUAUUCAUUAAGUUUUAAAAAUUCUGAGUGUGUAUAUGUAUCUUGACAUAAAGUGGCUUUAUUCUUACCCUUCAGGUUUUAAAAAGAAAGCAAAACAAAUUGUAUUGCCAUUACUUUGUAGCGGUAAGGGCUAUGUAUUACUGUUGUGACACCUGUAUUUUCAAGAUGUUAUUCUAUUUUAUGUCAUACAGGUGAAAUCUGUGAGGUUGCCUCUUGGUGGCACUGGUGUGUAACUUACAAAGACUGUCACUAAAAUAACGUAUCUACAUACUGGUAUACACCUAUGCAUGCAGACACAAUUCCUUAGUAUAGAAAAAUUGUCUGAAGAAUAGCAGUCUUUAACAACCUAUCUAUCUUUUUGCCGUAUACAUUGUGAUUUAGCAGUUAUGCGAAAAUCUGUAGUCAAAUACUUUAGUAGUUUGUUUAGAGCCCUCUAAUAUAUGUCACCGAGAUUUUUAAAGACACAGUAGACUAUGUACGGAGGAUUUGUAUGUGUGUCAUUUUAACAAGCAAGAAGGUGUAUUUAGAUUAUAAAUUUUUGGUUUACUUUUAGAUAAUGGUUUAUUUUACCUUACUAGUUUAGAAACUGAAAGAAGUGGGGCAGUGCCAUACCUAUUUCAUUUUUGAGUAUUUUAGUUCAUACAGAAGAAGAGUGCUUCUUUAGGACUGGUUACUUGGUUCAAAUAAUUCUUACUUUUUUAGGAAAAUCAUUCCAUACAUGGAUUAUUACCUGGUACAUGGGCACAAAUUUUCUUCGUAUGUGAAUAUUUCCUUUCCAGUAUCUUCUCAAGUUGGAAAAAAUAUAUAUAUAUGUAGUCUUCUCUCACCCUACCCUAUAUUUAUAUUACCUGUAACCUAGCAAGAAGUUGUUCUUGCUCUAGAUUAGUUUGUUUGUUUUCAUUACAGCUGAGUACCAUGAUACCAUUUCAUUUCAAUUUUCAGCCCCAAAAGUUCCCACUAUUUUACUAAGUUGUGAGAAGAUGUCUAUAAAAUUGCCUGGUCUUGUACUUUUCACAGGAUUGGCCUUUGCCAGCCACAAUCCUGUGUGAACUUGUGUAAGUCUCUUUAACCUCUGUGAGUGUGAACAAGUGGUGCUGUUGAAGGAGUUACAUUUGGGCUAAGCCUUGUCUCAGAGGAGGAUGUCACAGAAGGCAGCUACUGUGUAAGCCCUAAUGGGCCCUGGAGACCACUGUCAGAAAUGGGAUAGCAGGCCACAGAGCAAGGUAUCUAAUCCCUUAAGUCAUUUCCUGUGUUGAGUUUCCAAGACUGAGAAAAAGAUAGUACAUUUCUUUGGCUUCUCAUGCAGAUCACUAGACGUGUGAGAUUUAGAGCUCUUUGAGCACCUCAUCUCACGGUACAAACCCUGGACGAUGAUGUUUCACCACUGAUCUCUUUACUAUGAAGAAUGGUUUCCUUCCAUAGGAGUGUUGGAGAAAAGAAAGUGUAUGAAAGUGUACUGGAAAUAAUGGAUUGUGGGAGGAAACCGGUUACAGAUAUAUUCUUGCCUAGCAGUGAAGUGCCUUUAUUUUCAGCACAGAGCACAAAUGUUAGACCUACUCCAAUCUGAUGUUCAAUUUUCCUGUGUUUUCCACCUGAUUGUACUCCUAAAGCUUUACAGGCCAUCAAAAGAAAUGCUGUUUGUUUUGUUUUACAAGAUUGAUUUAAGAAGGGGGAGGGGGAGGGAUGUAACUGCUCUCCUCUCCUGGGAACAACUACAGUCAAAACAAGGUGGUAUAACGUAACUGCUCAGUGUUAGACAUGCCUCGAUCCACCUUUUAUUGAGUUCCUGCUGCAUGUCAGGCACUGUGCUCCACUGGGGAGAGAGAGCAGUGACCUCAAGGAGCUCACAGUCUCUGCAGGGAGUGCUGGAUAAGAGACUUACCAGCUUCUGAUCCUGCCGAUUUAACGUGAAAAUAUAGGGUACAGUUAUCACUUUCAUUUCCAUCUAUAACAUAUGUAUUACAUAGUUUUCCAAGGACCUUCUUUACCUGGAACUUGUUAAGAAUCUGUCAGUGAACAUCUUGUCUUCUUGCAAGCAUGAAUCACUUAGCCUGCUGAUAGCUUAGAGAACACCUUAUGUAAGUAAGGAGUCAUAUAUUCCACUAUGUAGAUUAUUUUUCCAUAUGCUAGCCAGGUAGAGAUUACUCAAGAGUUCUCUUAGACUGUUGAAUUGCACACAGUUUUGGACCCCUUCUGCUCCAGCGUAGGGAGUGAGGAAGAAAGUAUUAAAGCUCACUUUGCCCUUCCAUAUGCUUCUCAAAAGUCUGUGUAAACAUGUCUUAAUAGAUGUUGAACACCAUGUAAAUAGUUGAAAAUAUAAAUUUCUACUUCAGUUUAAGAAAAAGCUUAUGAAUCAUCACUAGCCACUGUUAAUAUCUAUUUGUAUUCUUAUACCUUUUCAAUACAUUUGAACAAAUAUAUAGUUUCUGGCACUAUUUUUGUACUAGGAUAAAGGAGUUACUAUGUAUAUUAUGUUUAGCUUUUAAGUCAUUUUAAAUAAUUGUGAAU